AUGGCGCCCGAGAACAUGAAGCAGUGGACCGUGCAGGGCAAGGCCAACGGCUUUGACGAGCUUGCCUACAAUGAUGCGCCAGUCCCCAAGGUUGGCGAUAACGAUGUGUUGGUGAAGUUCCACGCCGCCUCGCUCAAUUAUCGUGACCUUAUCAUUCCACGGGGCAUGUACCCCUUCGCCAUCAACUUCCCCGUUGUGCCAGGCUCAGAUGGAGCCGGUGAGGUUGUCGAAGUGGGUCCUAAGGUGUCUCAAUUCAGCAAAGGAGACAAGGUGAUCACCUUGUUUAACCAGCUGCACCAGUACGGCCCUGUCGAUCCCAGGGCCGCCGGAUCUGGCCUGGGUGGUGUUAUUGAUGGUACCUUGCGUCAAUACGGUGUCUUCAACGAGAAUGGUCUGGUGAAAAGCCCGAAGAACCUCACCCACCUUGAGGCCAGUACGCUCUCGUGUGCUGCUCUUACCAGCUGGAACGCUCUGUAUGGCCUGAAGCCUCUCCAGCCAGGACAGACUGUUCUGGUGCAGGGAACUGGCGGCGUUAGUUUGUUUGCACUGCAGUUCGCUAAAGCUGCUGGAGCGACUGUUAUCGCUACUACCUCCUCUGCUGAGAAAUCUGAGAAACUGAAGGAGCUUGGCGCAGACCACGUUAUCAACUACAAGUCCGAUCCCAAUUGGGGCGAGUCUGCUCGCAAGCUUACCCCCAACAAUGUUGGUGUGGACCACAUUGUCGAGGUCGGAGGCAGCGGAACUCUUAAUCAGAGCUUCAAGUGCAUCAAGUUCGAGGGUGUCAUUAGCAUUAUUGGUUUCCUCGGCGGCGUUGACCCCAAGUCUCAGCCAAGCAUUCUUGAUACUCUCAGCAACAUCUGUACCGUUCGGGGUGUUUAUGUCGGAAGCAAGGAAUUACUGAACAACAUGGUUAAGGCUAUUGAGGCUAAUGAUAUCCAUCCUGUUGUGGACCCUAAGGUCUUCACCCUCGACAAGGCUAAGGAUGCUUAUGAAUACAUGACAAGAAAUCAAUCGCGGACCCAAUUUAUUCGCCCGGCGCAGAUGAGCUUAUUUUCUCGGAUCACUUGUUAUCCUCCCUUGGGGCAAGUUCAAUUUACUGUCGUGAUAGAAUCAAGCCAUUCACUCCCCGAGCAGCCAUGGGAAGCUCAGAUAUGGCACAACAUCACGAGCGCUGAAUGGAGUGCUUUUCCUCUUCAGCAAAGCUCAAACCCGGUGGUGCCUCUCAUGAACAAAACUGAAUCAGAGUAUAAGUUUCAUCGCCAUGUGUUUUGCGGAGAGAUCCCGCUACCAUCACAUGGAGGCUGCGCACAGUUUACUGUCCGGUAUAGGGUCAGUCAAGAUAACGAUUGGCAAUGGGUGAAUCAACAGCAGAACACCAAGGAUGGAGAAUUGGUGUUUUCUGCAAGAGAGCCUGAACAAGAAGAUAUCAAACUGGCACAGCUCUCUCUAGCAUCUGCAAAGGAGGAGUUUGGCAAGUAUUUCGAUGGCCUAUCUCCUGAUCUCGAAGUCGAGUCCCGCAAAAGUGAGGCCCCUGGAUCAACCUUGUGGCAUAUUUCUGGAAAGGCCGGUCCGGCCCAAAAUAACCAGUCUGGAUUCACUAAUGUCGUCCUUGGGGUGCCUUCUCGGACAAUGCUGUACUUCGCUUUGGUCAGGGUGUGGACUCCGUGGCUUGGACCCAGACACGGACGAGGAAAGUUUAGAAUAACAGAAGACGCCAUUCUUUGCUCAUUCCUUCGAGAGGAUGGGGAGCACGUAGUAAUUCUGGCCGUUUCGGGCAUAAAUAGCGUUUUGACUGUCCUUGGGUCCGGUGAUAAUGGUGAGGUUGUGAUCAAAUCGCAGAAUGACAAUGCUACUGCAUCAGACCUUCAACUACUGGCAUCCACAGCAGCCAACUUAGAGGUAGCAAUAAGCGCAGUGAUUUAUGAGGCGCGGAAGCUUGUUCGGCCCUAUGGCACAGAGACUACUGAUCGGAUUCCAACUCCAGUGUCUCCUCCAGGGGACGAUGUCGUUCUAGUCGAAAAAGACCCCGAAGCACAAUGGCUGUCUGAGUGGUACGAUGGCCUGACAUACUGCACAUGGAAUGGCUUAGGGCAAGAUUUAACGGAAAAAAAGAUUUUCGAUGCUCUUGAUACAAUGAAAUCCCAUGGAAUCAACAUCUCUAAUCUUAUAAUCGAUGAUAACUGGCAAGCUCUAGACAAUGAAGGUGAUUCCCAAUUCAAGCGGAGAUGGAAACAGUUCGAAGCCAAUCCAGAUGCGUUUCCUCGAGGACUAAAGAAGGCUGUAGAGGCCAUCCGCCGAAAACAUCCGAAUAUCCAGCAUAUCGGCGUGUGGCAUGCCUUGUUCGGAUAUUGGGGUGGUAUUUCACCUGACGGUGAUAUAGCCAAGGAAUUCAAAACGAAAGAAGUGAAGAUUAAAGAUCCAGCAGCCGGGGGUCCAAUUGCCAAGGCGUUUGAGAAGCAGUCACUACUUGCCAUUGACCCCGAUGAUAUUCAACAAUUCUAUGACGAGUUCUACAGUUAUCUUGCCUCUACUGGCGUCGAUGCCGUGAAAACUGAUGCUCAAUUCUUUCUUGACCUAUUGAAAGAACCGGAGGAUCGGCGCAAGUUCACCAGGGCCUACCAAGAUGCUUGGUCCAUAUCCUCCCUGAGAUACUUCGGAACAAAGGCUAUCUCGUGCAUGUCAAUGUUUCCUCAGGCUAUUUUCAAUUCACAGCUACCCACCAACAAACCUACUAUUCCACUACGGAAUUCCGAUGACUUCUUCCCAGAGGUGCCAGCGUCUCAUACAUGGCAUGUCUUCUGCAAUGCCCAUAAUGCACUCCUCACUCGCUACUUGAAUGUCCUACCUGACUGGGAUAUGUUCCAAACAAGUCAUCCAUAUGCCUCUUUCCACGCAGCUGCACGAUGUGUUUCCGGCGGCCCAAUCUAUAUCACCGACGAACCGGGGAGCCACAACAUCUCCCUCAUCAAUGAAAUAACAGCCCCAACUACCCAGGGAACUACGGUAAUCCUUCGUCCUAGUCUAGUAGGCCGCACCAUCGACAUGUACCACGACUACAGCGCUGGCCAGGUACUGCGGGUGGGUACCUAUACGGGCUGGGCCCGAACUGGAAGUGGGAUUCUGGGCCUCUUUAACGUUUCUGAUCAUCGGAAAACCAGCUUGGUGUCUCUGCAUGAAUUCCCAGUCCGAUCUCACACAAGCGGCACCAUAACAGAUCUCAUGAGGCCAAUCGACCGACACGCGCUCGUAGGAGUAGUGUUAGAAGAUAAAGGCUGGGAGAUCUUGACCGCAUACCCCAUCCAGUCCUAUACUUUGAAGCGCAAAAGUUCAAGUCACACCAGCGAACCAAAUCCUACGCACACUGCAGUAUUAGGAUUGCUCGGAAAAAUGACUGCUGCAGCUGCCAUAGUGAGUUCUGACAUUCACGUGGAGGCGAACGGGCGUCUCCGCUUCGAUAUCAGUCUGAAAGCGCUUGGUACAUUGGGUAUCUAUAUAUCUGACCUGCCUGAUUGGAGUAUUGAGGAUAACUUUAUGGUCACAAUUCUUGGUUAUCCUGUACCACGGAAGACUGUUUGGAAGGAAGGAGAUGAUGAAAAGUCCAAAGUACUGGCUGUGGAUAUCCUGACGGCAUGGAAGGACAUGAAGUUGAAACCGGGAUGGAGCAACGAGGUUAUUGUGCAGAUAUACUUGGGUUGA